AUGGAGGUGCCUCCUCCGCUUCAAGGCCCGACGGCGAAGGAGAAGAAGUACGAUCGUCAGCUGCGUCUUUGGGGUGCCAACGGUCAAAUUGCAUUGGAAGAGACACACGUCCUUCUCAUUCAGGGCAGCGGCCCAGGCGUCACUGGUAUCGAAACCCUCAAAAACCUCGUCCUUCCAGGCAUCGGCCAUUUCACGAUUCUCGAUUCGGCGAUUGUAGAUGAGGCGGAUCUGGGAGUGAACUUCUUCUUGGAGGAUGCUUCGUUGGGCAAAUACAGGGCGGAAGAGACGGUGAAAUAUCUGGUCGAGCUCAACCCGGAUGUUGCAGGUCAUGCCAUCACAGAGUCAUGGGCACUCAAGGACAAAAUCUUCACACCCUACACCCUCGUCCUGGUCGCAGCACCUAUCGAUCCUACCAUCCUCAAACUCAUCGCAACACACACCGAAGCUCUUCAAAUACCCACCUUCCACUUCCACUCGCUCGGAUACUACUCACAUUUCUCCAUCGGCCUACCUCCAGUCUUCCCAAUCGUCGACACACAUCCAGAUCCGACUGCAACAACAGACCUACGGCUGACGAAGCCAUGGUCGGAGCUCACGGGGUUUGCAAGAGAAAAGACAGCGAACAUGGAGAACAUGAACGGCGAGGAGUUUGCACACAUCCCAUACGUCUGUCUGCUGCUACAUUACCUCGAGCGGUGGCAGUCUGAGCACAACGGAUCAUUACCAGACACAUACAAGGAAAAGACAGCAUUUCGAGAUCUUGUUCGCUCCGGCAGUGGUUCAGAAGAGAACUUCGACGAAGCCGUGGCCGCGGUCCUCAAAUCGCUCAACCCACCCACUCCACCUUCAGCCGUUCGCGAGAUUCUCUCCGCACCCGAAGCUACCAAGCUCACCGCAUCCUCUCCACCUUUCUGGCUCAUUGCCAAUGCGGUCCAGACAUUCUACUCCAAGCACUCUCAACUCCCGCUCCCUGGCGCUGUUCCUGACAUGAAAGCAAGAUCCGACACAUACAUCCAACUUCAAAACAUCUACAAGCAGAAGGCCCGACAAGACUGUGCGGAAGUCAUCUCAUCCGUCCGGGAACUCGAAGCUCAAACAGAUCGAGCGCAACACCUCUCCAUUCCCGACGCAGAAAUCGAAAACUUCUGCAAAAUGGCCGCACAUAUCUCCCUCGUCCGUGGGCAACCCCUGCGAGUCAUUCAUCCCGACGCACCUAUCUCCUUCUCGGGCCGCGCAAAGUUCGUUGUGCAGGAGCUCACCAACCCUGAGAGUCUCGUCGGUCUCUACAUUGCCUUCCUCGCUUGGGACGAAUUUGUGGCAACGCACCACGCUGGCAACCAGACCCUCACCCCACCUGGUCUUUCGGACACGAGCUUCGAGGAGGAUUGCUCUCGCCUGACGGGUAUCGCACACAAGAUGAUCGACACUGCGAUCAACAAUGCAGGAACACGCAUCGAGGAGCCCGAGUACAGUCAAGCGAGGAGUAAGGUGGAGAAGUGGUGCAUUGAGCUGACCAGAGCAGGAGGUGGCGAGUUGCACAACAUCGCUGCCUUGACGGGUGGUCUGAUUGCGCAGGAGGCGAUCAAGGUCAUUACGAGACAGUAUGUGCCUGUGCAGGGAGCUUGCGUGUUUGAUGGUGUGGGGAGUCGGACGUGGGUUGGGCAGUUGUGA